CACAACAAAUACGUGUUUCCUGCUGCUGCCGCACGUUGUGUCCCCGUCAGACCGACAAACCUCCGCUGUACCGAGAAAACAGAGAAGAAAAAAAAAAAAUACACAAAGAUGCCGAAAGCCAAGAAGUCGGGCAAGAGGAAGAGGUUCGAUUACAACCAAGACCGGAAGAAGAUGAAGAAGAAGUUCAUCAAGAAAUACAAUCCGAGGAUAGAAAAGUGAGUGCUGGACAGAGCGGGACGUUAGCAUAAGUCCCGGAACCUGCAGGAGAUGGGUCUGGCAUUUGACCCAAACCGCACUCUGCCAAUAAAGAAACAGAGACUCCUUGGCGUAGACAGAGAGACCAAAGUUCCCGUCAACAGCGUCACCAAGCCCUACGUUCUCAACCAACUGGAGGAGCAGGCCAGCCGUCCAGAGAAGGACAGCAAGACGUUAUCCUCCGACCUGAUCGAGUACGUCCAGUACAUGAUCCGAGAACACAGCGACGACUACAAGGCGAUGGCCAGAGAUGAGAAGAACUACUACCAGGACACACCCAAACAGAUCAAGAGGAAAAUCAACGAGUACAAGCGCUGCCACCCGCAGCACUACGAGGACUUCAUCAACACUUUGGCCGUUCCACAGCCGAUGGUCCAGUAGCGGGGUUGUAGACCCUGUUCGGGACUUGAUGUCCUUCCCCGCAUCAGGAAUGAGACGGGUCUCAUUCUGGAGAGACUGGAGAUUGUCAGACGACAGACAGGACAGUCAGACUGUGACAGAAUUCACAGAAGAGGACGAUUGAAUAAUUAAAACCUGCAGUGAGAGGAAGGACAUUUCUCUCGUGUUUCAUCCGCAGAUGUCUUUCCCAUCCCUCCCCCUCUUGUCCUUGUUAUCAAAUAGGUACAGGACGGGUUUCAGAUCUUCCUUUAAUGCUUCAGCUGUGUUGCCGUCGUGUCCGCAGCAUCAGGUUUCGCUCUGCAGCGGAGGCGCAUACAGUUGGGUGUCGAGAACGAGUUUCCAGACACGUUAAAAAGCGCAGAAAUUUGCAGUUUACAACACAGUUGGCCAAUUGACCCAGUUUGAGUCACUGAACUCUGAUCAGGUGGGUUAGAAUUACACGGUUCAGGUCUUAAUCCGAGUACAGAAAACCUCAUUGAGAUGCCUGAUUUGACUCCCAUAUUAAACAUCACAGAACGGAAACGUUGUAUUUUUCUUUAUUUUUUUUAUUUUUAUUCAAAAUUUUAACCUUUUGUUAAAAAAAUGUCGAUUUUGAUGCCACGAAAUAAAAAUGCAGUAUGUUGAGCCGGCAGACAUUUUUCUCUUUAAUAUUAAAUUUGACCUAAAUGAGAUAAAACAUUUGUUUUGGCUCGAGUGAAAUGUCUCGGUCAGGACGGUUUUG